ACCUCGGCCUGACCCAAAGCGCGCGCUCCCGUGUUUACGUGUCUACUCCCCCUCGACAGUGUGCGUGCGCGCACCCUGGUCUCGCGUGGUGGGGAUCAUCCAUAUUGCUGCUGGUGGAGGAGAUAAGGUUGUAAUCCUGAGAAGCCUUCGGACACGUUUCUAUAUAUUUUCUUUUACAUAUGUUUUAACCAGCGCCUACUGCUCUGCGUCUUAGACUGAAGCUCGUUGGUCUAGGAGCGGCAGAAUCCGCGGAACAACUUCACAUUUCCUUGAAAUUGAAGACAAAUUCGGGCCGGGGGAAGGACUGGUAAUCCUGAGGGGAAGAAGAAAGACGGUGGUGGGGAAAUGGCCACUCAGGUGGAGGCUCUCCUGCCCGGCAAUCCGCUCGCCAAAGCGGAGGAGCACGGCAAAAUGAUUGGAGGUGAGCCGGAGGAAGAGGUUGGCCGCCGGGGCGACGGGGCUAAGCGGCAGACUGAUGUCGCCGACCAGGGGAGCAGCAGCAGCAGUAGCAGCAGCAGCAGCAGCGGCAGCAGCCCCGAGAAGGGAGGCACCCCUGGUGCGGAGGAGCAGAGCUCCAAAGAGCCGACGGAGGAGAGCAAAGAAGACUGUGACAGCGAGGACAAGCAAGGCGAGGAGGGAGUUAAGAGCAGCAGAAAGGAGUUUACUGAAGCUCCCCCGCCCAAGGUGAACCCGUGGACUAGGAAAAUGAACGCUGUGACCGUGGUCAGCGUGAAUGGACAAGCACACCACGGUGCAGGACUGAGCAGCAGUGUCAGUGGAGUCUUACGUGAGUCCACUGGCCCCGCCAAGGUGGUGAGAGCAGGGAACCCACCCAAACCCAGACGAGGAGGAAAGGUUGGAGAUUUUGGCGACACAAACAGCUGGCCGACACCAGGGGAGAUUGCGACUAAAGACAUGCAGAUCGAGGCAGUGACACGGACCGUGUCCUGCCCGCCGACUGUCAGGCAGGUCAGGGACUCGUGGAGAUUCACUGUCCCCAAGAGGACCACGGCCAAGAAGGAGUCAAAGGAGAAGAAGGAGAGCAACGAGGAGAGCAAGGAGAACCUGAAGGCCAAGUCUGACGACUCUGGAGAGGAGAAGAAUGGCGACGACGACUCCCAGAAGAACGGCCCGAAGAAAAAAGGAAACAAGCAGAAGUGGGUUCCUCUGAUGAUCGAGGUGAAGUCGGAGGGUCCACGAGAGCGAUCGGCCUCCAGGAACAACAGCCGACAGAACGAGAACCCCCGCCUCCCUCCUAACGCCAGGAACGACCUGAGAGACUGGCACAGUCAGAAAUACGAGCGGGAGUGGCGCGACGAUCACGACGAAGUGUCCAGCGUGAAGAGCGAGGGAGCGCCGUUCCGCGGAGGUUUCAGGGGACGCGGACGUGGACGAGGAAGAGGACGUGGACGAGGCAGAGGCGCCGGCAGAGGCCACUAUGACUUUCACUACGGCUACAAGUCGUACGAUAUGAAAGACGGACCCUACGGCCAGAAGUUCGGUAAUUCUGUGACCUACUACUACGACAACAUGAGCAGCAACGACGUUUACUCCGUGGACCAGGACCUGCUGAAGGACUACAUCAAGAGGCAAAUCGAGUACUACUUCAGCCUGGAAAACCUGGAGCGGGACUUCUUCCUUCGGAGAAAGAUGGAUCAGGAGGGAUUCCUGCCCAUCGGACUCAUCGCCAGCUUCCACAGAGUUCAGGCUCUCACCACCGACGUCAACACCAUUCUGGAGGCUUUGAAGGACAGUAAGGAAGUGGAGAUAAUCGACAUGAAGAUCCGUCGGAAGGUGGAUCCUGACAAGUGGCCUCUUCCGGGCCUGAAUAUGCCGAACCAGACCCACACCGACUUCUCCCAGCUCAUAAACUGCCCCGAGUUUGUCCCCAGACAAAUGCCCGAGGACUCCAGCGGUGAGUUCCCCGCGUCCACACCGUUGCAGCAAAAGACCAAGACUGAAGCAGACACCUCUAACCUUAAGACCAUGCCCAAGGGCCUCUCAGCCAGCCUUCCUGACCUCGACUCAGAGUCCUGGAUCGAGGUCAAGAAGAGGCCCAGGCCGUCCCCCGCCAGACCCAAGCAGCAGCAGCAGCAGCAGAAGGAAAAGGACGAGUCGAGUCGCUCCCCGGUGCAACAGCCUGGCUCCACACCCGCUCCUGCUACUCCAGGAAACAAGGACGGAGCCGAGCAGGACGAACCGGAGGAGCUGGACUUCAUGUUCGACGAGGAGAUGGAGCAGAUCGACGGGCGGCGCAACACGUUCACCGACUGGUCGGACGAGGACUCGGACGGCGAGAUCGACGACCACGACGUCAACAAGAUCCUGAUCGUCACGCAGACGCCGCCGUACCUGCGGAAGCAUCCCGGCGGCGACCGCACGGGCCACCACACGUCGCGCGCCAAGCUGAGCAGCGAGCUGGUGAAGGUGAUCAACGACGGGCUCUUCUACUACGAGCAGGACCUGUGGGACGACACGUACGAGCCCGAGUACGCCACCAUCAAGCAAGAGGUGGAGAACUUCAAGAAGGUCCACCUGAUCACCCGGGAAGAGUUUGACUGCCUGACCCCUGAGCCCCCGGUUGACCCCAACCAAGAAGUCCCACCCGGUCCACCGCGACCCCAGCAGAUCCCCACAGACGCUCUGGCAAACAAACUCUUCGGCGCCCCGGAGCCGUCCUCAAUAGCUCGCUCUCUCCCGACGACUGUGCCUGACUCACCCAACUACCGCAGUGCCCGCACGCCCCGCACACCUCGCACGCCUCACCGCAAGGACCCGACCAUGACGCCGCGCUUCUACCCCGUGGUGAAGGAGAGUCGGCCCGUCGACGCCAAAACACCCAGGAAGAGGAAGACCCGGCACAGCUCCAAUCCACCCAUGGAGUGCCACGUGGGCUGGGUGAUGGACUCCAGAGAGCAUCGGUCACGUACUGCCUCUGUCAGCUCCAACGCCAGCCCGUCAGAAGGAACCCCUGCCCUGGGGAACAUUGGCUGUACGCCUCAGUCGCUGCCCAAGUUCCAGCACCCGUCACACGAGCUGCUCAAAGAGAACGGCUUCACGCAACACGUUUACCACAAGUAUCGCCGGCGCUGCCUAAACGAGCGAAAGCGGCUGGGAAUCGGUCAGUCCCAGGAGAUGAACACGCUCUUCCGUUUCUGGUCGUUUUUCCUGCGCGAUCAUUUCAACAGGAAGAUGUACGAGGAGUUCAGACAGCUGGUGGUCGAGGACGGGAAAGAAGGAUACAGGUACGGUCUGGAGUGUCUCUUCAGGUACUACAGCUACGGUCUGGAGAGGAAGUUCAGGCCAGACAUCUUCAAGGAUUUCCAGGAGGAAACGAUGAAAGACUAUGAAGCUGGCCAGCUUUAUGGACUGGAGAAGUUCUGGGCUUUCCUUAAAUAUUCCAAAGCCAAGAACUUGGAGAUUGAUGCCAAGCUGCAGGGAUGUUUGAGCAAGUUCAAGCGACUGGAAGAUUUCAGGAUCGACCCCCCCAUGGAGGAAGGCGGCCGCAGAAGACACUCGUCCAGCGGGGACGGUCGGCGUCGGCACCUCUCGCAGCCUUCCAGUCGCCCCCACAGUCAGGCCGGCUCAGGCCCCGCCCCCGCGGCGACGUACAGUCACGCCGCUGCUGCCGCCGCCAAACUCGCCGGCCAGAAAACAGCGAGCGCGGCCGCGGCUCCUGCAGCUGAACCUGCGCCUGACGCCAAGACGCUGAAGUAAAGUCUCUCUCUCCAAACUCAGCGGCUCUGCAUGGAUCAACUCAACCACAACAACCUGGGGGGGAGGGAGGGAGGGAGGCAGGAGGGGAAGGGGGGCGUGUCCAGCUCUUCACUCAAGCUUGAGAUUUUUCUUUUUUUUUUUUUAUUUUAAAUUGAGAAACAAUUUUUUUGUUUAUUUGUUAGAACAAAAAUUCUUUUUGAGAAUUUGAGAUAUCGAGCUUUAGCAACGAUCCUGGAUUUAUUUUAUUUUUUCAUUUCUUUUUAAUUCACGUGGAUCCCUCCUCCACCACUGGACCCCGCCCCCUGUUCCUCUUUGAUCAACACUGUCACGCUGGCUAAAGGAUAAUUGAUUUCUCGCCCAGAUCUCAGAUUAAUGAUCAUUAUCAUUAUUAAUAUUAUUAUUAUUUUUUUUCGGCAUGUGGUGGCUUUGGAAACUUUGGAAACUUUGGAAACUUUGACUGAAUGUCUGAACUGAGCUGUUCUCACUGGUGGCCGCCGGGGAGGAGGCGGCGCUGCUCCCCGACCUCCAACUGGACCAAAGUGGUUUGAACCCGAGUGCUGACAUUUUCAUCCACACACACACCACAGCCGCCGCCGUCGAGUGCUGUCGGAGAGAUUUGAUUUACUUUACGGCCGAAACACUGAGGGGCAGAAACAUUACAGAGCCAAAUGAUAAACCACAGAGAGAAAAAGACUUGUUCUGUUCCCUCAGUGUGGACACGAUCAUUGAAAGUUGCCUUAUUUUAAUGGUUUUAUUGCUUCAGACUUUGCCCCGCCCUCUGCCCGCCCGUCACCACAUUGUUGAUUGUACAGCAGUGAAAUCGCCCGUAAUUGCGUUUCCAGCAGAUGCCACCAAGUGGCGCUGUCCUCCACCUCUCGCCCUCGCUCCUUUCCUCCGUCACCGUUUCUCAGGUGUCUUCCAAGUGUCAUAAUAUUAUGGUCUGUUACAAAUCCAAGAAUCCUUCCUGUGUGUUUGUGCUGAAACACGUGAAUCAGGUCGAAGUUUGUGUCCCCGCCCCCUUUCCCCCCUCCCUCCGUCCCUCCCUCUCUGUGCUUCCUAACUUAAGCUCUGUCCCAACUCCGCCUCGCUGUCAGACGAGCUGCAUCCAUCCGUGAAUCCAUCCACUUCACUGGCAUCCAUCCAUCCAUCCAUCAGUGACACUACAGGACUGGAAUCAUCUAAAAAUCUGGAUUACUUGAAGAAAAAAAAAACGGUGGUGGUGGUGAUGUUUUUUUUGAUUUUCCCCCCGUGGAUGGAGACGCUGACGAGGUUCAAACAUUUCACACCUCACGACCUCUUUGCCGUUUGUUUGCUCGGUCGACGCACGACAGGGGAGGAGCUUAACACGCGCGUCAGUUCCGGCAUGAGCGCUGACGCAGGUACAGAUGUAGCAGCCAUGAGCAAAGACUUAAACGCAUCAUCGCCGCUCCCCGUGUUUUGGAUUCUCCCGCUCACGCUCGUCACUCUUCCUUCGGUCGGCGUGGAUCGUUCCAUCGUUCCAUCGUUCUCCAACUCAAGUAUUGAUUAUAUCAAACAUGUUCCUUCCUCCUUUCAUGUAAAUGUGAAUCUCGACAGACGAAGAGAAGAAGGCGACCGCUCCCUGCUCCUCGUUUUAUUCUUUCGUUAGAGCAGAUGAUAAAUAUUUGCCUUACACACGUUUAUGUCCUCUAACUUUUUCUUUCUUUUCAGUUCUUUUUUUUUUUUUUUAAAUGGUCUCAUAAUUAUCUUUUAAUGCUUUUAAUUUCAAUUUGCAGUGUUUCUAGCGUUGUUGCUGUUGUCGUCGUUGUCGUGAUGAAGAUGGAGAGCUUGUUGUGUCGGGGCUGUUACAAACAUGGGAACAUCACUAAAGGGAAAGAAGAUUGUUUAUAGUUUUUCAUGUUGAAAUUGAGUUAAUUUUUGCCAAUAUAACAGCGGCCAACAACACAACUGUGAUUUAAAGAGGAACAAAGUUGAUUUAAAGAGAUUUAAAAGACAAGUUCUGGCUCUAGUCUUAACACACACAUGGUUUUACCCCCCCCACGACUGCUGCUUGACAGAGUGAGCCUUUAAUUAUCGACGCACUAGUGUUCAAAUGCGUUCAAUUCAUUUUUUUCAGUCUGUUGGUUAAUUUCCCAGCGAGCAGAGCAGAGGUGGACGUCACAGUCGCUGUUUCUCCGCGUUCUUCCUCUAAAAAGAAAAACACCUCUGCAAAAAAGAUGAAAAAGCAAAGUAAAGCAAAGCUGUACUUACUUCAUUUCCCCCCGUCAGUGUCUUGUUGGUUUAACGUCAGGGAGAUUUUGGGGAUCAGUUUUCAGAAGCCUACAGUUGACGAUGCGUUGAGUUUUACGGUUUAAAAAAAAAAAAAAAAUUCAGAAAAGCAGAAACUACACGGACGUGAGGGAUGAACGACGGAGGAGAGGAAGCAAGAGAAGGGAGAGAAAGUACGAGGAGCGAGGCUUUGGUUCGGACGUCUGGAGACUGGGAUUAAAAGAGAAGAUUAAAAAAAAAA